GCCCAGCUGAGGUCGGCAGCCAGAGGGAGGGACCAGGCACUCGCGUUCCUCCUUUUCUGGGCCCCCACCCACUGCCCCAACAGGCAUCUUCUGGGGCUCCCCGUCCUGCAGUGGAGAUGACACGUCCUUGGAGGAAAGGAAACAGAGCUGGGGCCCUUAGGUGGGGCAGCCAUAUCGGGUGGGAGGAUCUGAUUCUCAGGCCUCUGCUCCUGGACUUGUCCCGGGAACCGACAUCUGCUUUCCCUGAUGGGGCUUAGGACUGGAUCCUCAGGGGGAUGGGUGUCUGGGCGGGGAGACCAGAUUCCUGCCAAGGGGAGUGGGCUGAGGACUUGUGGGGUUGGCACCCUGGUGGGAAUCGGGAUGGGAAAUGGGGAAGUGUGGAACUCCGGAAGGGGGCAGGAGGUGGAAGUUAAGAACCCAGGGCUACUGUUUUCCGCCUAGGGGACCUUGACCAAUUAUUCCAACUCUCUGAACCUCAGUUUCCUAAUCGAGAGUUGGGCACAGUACUACUUAUACUGCUGACUAUAUACUAACGGCAACGAUAACAAUUCUGAUACUUACUCUAAACAAACAAGGCGAUACCACUGCACUAACACCCCUAACACAUUUUUUCUUUUCCUCAUCAAACAUUUAUUGAACAUCUAUUAUGAACCAGGAGUUAAUAAUGAAGAAAACAGACGCGAGCCCUGCUGUUCUUAGAGUUUACCUUCCAGUUGAGCAAGAGAGAGAAUGACGCAUCAGUACAGAAGCUAGACUUGAGGUGGUGGGAGGGCUUUGAAGGAAAUGAAAUACAGUGACACUGCUAAUGAUGGGAGGCAACUUUAAAAGGGAAACCUCAUUCUGGGAUGAGACCUGAAGACAAGAGUUAUUUGAAUGCUGGAGGGAGAGGAAGGACACAGGAUUGGAGAACAAGCUCAAGUUGUUUGGGGAGCAGACAGAAGAGCCAGUGUGGCCGGAAUAUAGGGAACUAGAGGGAGUGGUAGGAAGGGAAUUCAAAGAGAGCCCUUGAAGCCUAGGGGAGGAGUUUGGAUUUUAUUCUAAGGGUGGUGGGAAACCACUGGCGGUUUUAAACAGCAGUGCAGUACCAGGGACUUAAUGUUAUGAAUAACUAUUAUUGUUAUCAUUAUUAUUUAUUUUUAGAUUGUUGAAUAAGUGUGGGGAGUGAUUACCACUAUGUACCUGGGUCUCUAUGGAGGGUUGGGUGCUUGGUGAAAAGCAAGGGACAGGGAGCCAGGUGUCUGGGGUCCUGAUGUGGAAUUAAGAGCUGGAGGACUGAAAUCUUGGUCCCCACAAGGGAAAGGAAUUGGAUGAUGGGAUGGCUGGGUAUGAGGGAGGAGGGAGGGAGAGUGGUUGGUUAUCUGGGCUCCCUGAGGGGGUGAGGGAGGGGCAGUUCAGUGACUGGGUGGUACUCCUAACCCUAACCUGGAAGCUGUUACCACUAUGACACAGGCUUUAUUCAUUAUCUGUGAUUUGGGGCAGGUUAUUAAUCUCUCUAUGCCUCAGUGUCUUCAUCGGUAAAAUAGGAAUAAUAAUAGUAAAUACCUCAAGGAGCAGUGCUUAGAGGAGUGCCUGGCAUAGAGAAAGCACUGUUGUACAUGCACGUUAUACGACACACUGGGACAUGGGAGAUGAGGUGUCUGGGAUUUGGAGAAGGGACAAAUGCUUGGGUCCAUUGGGUCCCAAGGCUAAAAAUUUGGGAGUACAAAAUGAAGGUCGCUGGGGGUGGGUAAAGUAGUUACAUCUUUGAGAAGGACAGAGACUGGGGGUCUGAACUCAGUUCUCCAAGUAAGUUAGGAAGCCUGGGUCACCGGGGGAAAAAUAAGGGACUAGAGAUCUUAUGUUCUUCAAGGAGGCAAAGGGGCUGGACCUGAGUCCUGGGAGGAGUCUGGGAACCAGGGGCUGUAGAGAUGGAAUUUGAGCGGGGGAGGUGGAGAACAGGAAGCUAGGACUCUGAAUCAAACUCCUAGAGUGGAAUUAGCGCCAGGUUGGGAUACCCUGGAGAUGUUCUGGGCAGGGGGGUCCCCCAUGCUAAGGCCCUACAGAAGGGGGAGAAUUAGGGUACCCGAGGGCGGUGGUGGAAUCUUCCCCUCCGGGGCCUCCAAAGCCACGAGCUGAGCGCCCGCGGGCCUCUUCCUCCCACAGGAAACCGCAGGCGUUGGGCACACCCAGCCUGCAAGGAGCGGCGCCCACAGACAGCAGGCUCUGCGAAGGCCCACGUGGGCAGCAGGCGGCAGUCAAAGGGGGGGCGUGCCCUGCGGAGCUCGGGGGCGUGACCGGAAAGCAGGGGCGGCACGGAGCGCCCCAGGCCCCUCCCACUUCCGCCUCGCAGAGCGCGGACAGCUCCGGCAGCUGAAGGUUUUGGCAGUCUCUCCUGAGGCCGUUGGCCGCGCAUGCGUAGUGAGCGGCUUCGAGGACUUGAGGCAGUGUAACCAGACCACAACAGUGAGCUUGGAGUACCCAGGACAGGUCAGGCACUCCAGCAGGAGCCUCACCCUCUUUGGCCAAGAUGCCUUUUGGACUCUCGGCUGGGAGCACUCGCUCCGAGGAUGGAAGUGAGGCCUUCCUGGAGGGAAUGGUGGACUGGGAGCUGAGCCGACUGCAGCGACAGUGCAAAGUGAUGGAAGACGAAAGGCGAGCCUACAGCAAAGAAGUCCAUCAGCGCAUCAACAAGCAGCUUGAGGAGAUCCAGCGCCUGGAGGGGGUGCGAAACAAACUGCAGGUGCAGAUCAGCAUCGCCCAGAGCCAGGUCAGGCGGCUGCGGGACAGCGAGAGGCUGGAGAGCAUGGGUCACCUGCUCAAGUGCCAGGUCCGGGUGCAGGCCGAGGUCAAGGAGCUGCAGGCGCAGAACCAAGCCCUGGACAGGCAGAUCCAGGAAUGGGAGAGCCGGAACUCUGCCCACAGCAAGAAUGCCAGGUCUCCAGGAUGUGUCCAGGAUCGCAAGGUCAAGAGCCAGCGAAGGAUCAAGAGUCUCGAAAACCAGUUGGACAAGGUCAUCUGUCGCUUUGACAUCCAGCUGGCUCAGAACGCGACCUUGAGGGAGGAGCUAGAUCUCCUGCGGAUCGAGAGGAACCGCUAUCUGAACGUGGAACGCAAGCUCCAGAAGGAGAUCCAGCUCCUGAAGGACGCGGUCAGGAACCUCAUGGUCUCCUCCACUUCCGCCUACACCGUCAGGGAAGAGGCGAAGACCAAGUUAGGCAUGCUGCGGGAGAGAGCUGAGAAGGAGGUGGCCCAGAACGAGACGGAGGUGCAGAUCUUGCAGCGGCAGAUCGCACACUUGGAGCAGCUGCACCACUUCCUCAAGCUCAAGAACGGCGACCGGCAGCCGGAUUCCGCCACCGUGGAGAAGCGCGAGCGGCGGGCCCGGGAGGUGGCCGAAGGCCUCCGGAAGACCUCCCAGGAGAAGCUGGUGCUGCGCUACGAGGACGCCCUGAAUAAACUGUCCCAGCUGACCGGGGAGAGCGAUCCGGACUUGCUGGUGGAAAAGUAUCUGGAGCGUGAGUACCUGGGGGUGGAGAGGGGCAGGCUCUCGGCCCCGGCCCGCGGAAUCCAGUGCAGACUGUGCUCUGUCUCGGUCACCGAGGGCCACCGCUUCGGGCCUGGGGGGGCCUUUCACCCGCGCUGGAGGGCCCAGGGAUCAGGCUCCGCUCCACUGGACUCUUACCGUCCGCCCUGCCUCCGCCACGCUCCUCCCAGUCUUUCCCAAUCUCCCUCCUUCCCCCAUCUCGGGCCUUCUGACCCCUUCCUCCUGUGUUUGUCUUUGCCUGCGCGUCUCUUGUCUCUUGUCUCUCUCCACUGGCCCCCAGUGGAGGAGCGGAACUUCGCGGAGUUCAACUUCAUCAAUGAGCAGAACUCGGAGCUGGAGCACUUGCAGGAGGAGAUCAAGGAGAUGCAGGAGGCCUUGGUGAGCGGGCGCCGCAGCGAGGAGGACCGGCGAGCGCAGCAGGAGCAGCAGCGGGCCCAGUUGCAGCAGCGCGUGGACGAUGUGCACUCGGAGGCCGACGACCUGGAGGCCCGCUACCACAGCUUUCGCGAGCAGCUGGAGAAGCUCAAGACCAACAUGCAGCACCUCUUCACCAGCGCCCAGUGUGACAGCACCCUCAUCAAUGACCUCCUCGGGGUCAAGACCCACAUGAGAGACCGGGACAUCAGCCUUUUCCUGAGCCUCAUCGAGAAGCGACUGGUGCAGCUCCUGACGGUGCAGGCCUUCCUGGAAACUCAGAACUACACCUCCACCAGCAUGUUCAACGCUGCCCUCAUGGUGCUGGGCCAGAGCUCUGAGGAUUUUCCUAAGAAGGUGGCCCCACCUCAGCUGCCAGACAACCUGGAGGACCCCCCAGGUUUUGAGGCCAAAGACGACUAUCCUCUGAGCAAGGAGGAGCUGCUGAGCUCUGUGGUGAAGGCGCUGGAGGCCCGCGAGCAGCCGAAGGAGCAGCACCUAAAGGAGCUGGUCGAGGGCAUCAAGGUGGAGAGCACCCCGAGCAUGACCUCCAGUGCCCAGAAGGUCAGCUCCAGCUCGCGCCUGGUGACCCAGCGGUCCAGUCAAGUCCCCGGGUCCAUCAUGAGCCACAAGACCAGCGGCAUCCUGAUGUCCAGUGGAGGCCGUGCCACCAGCUCCAACGUGGGCCACGUGACCUUCGGGGACUCCACCAGCGCCGCCACGGGGGGACUGAUGUCCAGUCGAGGCUCCACCGCGGGCCGCGUGACCUUCCGAUCCCCCAACUCUAGCAGCUACCUGGGGUCCACUGGAUACCUGGGGUCCAGCAGAGACCAUGACAGCUUUGAGGCGAGCAAAGGCCCUGGGUCAGAAUCAAGUGGAGGCCUCGGGUCCAGCCCCGGCCCUGCCUCCAGCCCUGGCCCUGCCUCCACCGCCAGCAAGGACUCCCACAGCAACCACUAGGGCAUCCAGCCCCCACCCCGCCCCUGGCUCCUCGCAGGGCCUUCUCUGGGUCUCUGCCUCUCGAUUCCCUUCCCUGCGUUUCUGUAUCUCUCCCUAUGAGCUCCUCCCUCAUCAGCCUCCUGGUCUCCCUGUUUCUGGCCCACCCUUCCCUUUCAGUUGCCGGAUUUCCUGUUUCUGGGUUUCCCGUUCAGUGUGUCCCAGUCUUGUCCCCAUGCCUGAAUUCUCAUCUCUGCUCUGACCUCUCUGACGACCCCUUCCCCUCCUGUUUCAGCUUCCCCGUUUCUAACUCCCCUCCUCACCUCCAUCUCCCAGGCCCUCCUUGCAUCUCAUGUCCCUGCCUCUGUAGUUCCUUGUUCCCCUCAAGAGUCCUCAGUACUGACUAGUGGGGGAAGAAUGGGGGAAAGAUGUCAGGGUUGGCGUGAGCUGUGACCAUAGGAAAUAAAGGCCAGGGUCUGACUUUUA